UACGAGUCAAAAAGCUUCACAGGUUCUGUAAAAAUAAGAUUGGCCAGAACCCACCAACCCUAAUAGUAAGAUGGAAAGAUCACACUACAUAGAAAGAAAGCCAAAACCCCUUUGGUCUCCAUCUCCCCUGUUUUCCUCCUUCCUUCCCUCAAUCCAAAACAAUCAUAUAAAUUCCCAUAAACAAAUCAACCAUUCAACGAAAAAUUCCAAUCCCACCCUCAUUUCCCCCCAAUAAAUUCAAUCCAAGCACUCAAAAUACCAAAAAUUCGACGCCUUCCUUUUGUUGUUCUGUUCCUAACAGCCUUUUCUUCCCCCCAAGAACAAUAAAAAAAAACCCCCUCUGUUUUCCAACUUUCAGCCAUGGCGCAGCAGAACGAGCUGCCUUUCAGCGAGAACGACUCGCAGGACAUGGUGAUCUACCAGAUGAUGAGCGAAGCCUCCAGCCGCAGUUCGCACCCGAACUCGCUCCACCAUCUCCAGCCUGUCAUCUCCAAGCGCCACUACAGAGGCGUCAGGCGCCGGCCGUGGGGCAAAUACGCCGCCGAGAUCCGCGACUCGGCCCGCCACGGCGCCAGGGUGUGGCUCGGCACGUUCGAGACCGCCGAGGAAGCCGCGCUAGCUUACGAUCGGGCCGCCUUCCGGAUGCGGGGUGCGAAAGCCGUGCUCAAUUUCCGGCCGGAGCUGGCUGCUGCUGCGGCGGCGGAGCCGAUGCAGAGGAUGAUGAAUCACCCCGGGAAGAAAUCCGGCUCCGCGGCGGUGGCGGCGGCUGUGGGUAAUGAUGGUGGGAACAGUAAGGAUGUGAAGCCCGAAUUGAGUUGCGACAAUGGGUCGAUGGGCGCGGCGCAAUCGGAGUCGUCGAGCGGCGAAGGAGGCGGAACAGGGGAGGCUCGAGACAGGGGAGGGGCAGAGGGUUAUUUGAAGAGCUUGCUUCGAGCUUGUUGAUUUCUCCUUACACAUCAGUUUCACAUAUCUUGUUGUGUUAAAUUCAAUAGCAUACAAAAAAUCAUACUUCAUUUGGGAUAUUCUGUCUUCAUUUUGCUAUCAAUUUAGGCUGUGAUCUUUUUGGGUUUUUAUCUUUUGAUUGUACAUAAUGAUAUUUGGUAAGGGUUUUGAUUAGUGAAAUCUAUUUCGACAAUGAAACGAUUUUCGUACAGAUCGAAUUCAAAUUGGAUCGAACGUCUUUACUUUCGUACCUAACAUUUAUGUUCGAUGUUAGACUAGAUCAACGCAAAACAACUGAUCGAAACACCAUAAUAUGAUGUAAGGGUAUGAACGGUUCAAAUUGAGAAGAGAGCAGAGCACUGAAUCUAGAAGGUCCAGAAAUGGCGAAUGUUCUUCCUGGUGUCAUCAAUUGACCCAAGAAAGGGGAAGAAAAGUAAUAGCAGGUUAGGAAGGAAUGAUUUACUUGGUUGGGUUUCCCAAAUCUGCUUUGCCAAAACUGUCAAAAUCAAUUUGGGUUGGCAGUGGAAUUUCUCUGGAUUUGACCCAGAGGACCAGGAUUUUGUCCGGUCAGUGGCAGAGCAAAAACGUUUAAUGGUGGAAACUGCAAAGUGUUAUAACAAUAAAAUUGCGUCUGCCGGGAGUCGAACCCGGGUCUAUUGCUUGGAAGGCAAUUAUCCUAACCGUUGGACUACAAACGCACUUGUUGUAUUUAUUUUAGCCAACUUUGUUUUUAACAGCUGUUAAAUAAACAUUUUUUUAAUAACAAACAAACAAAAAGCAUGGUAAAGGAAACCGUACCGGACAUCAUACCGGAUUCCUUUCUGGUAUGGUAUUUUGUGGUACGACCGUGGUUCAACCGUUUUGUACCGGUAAAUACCGUUUUUCACUAUUGAUAGAGAAAUGAAAUGCGAUAGUAUAAAAAAUAUAAUCCAUCAAAAAAAGAACCAAAUAGAGCAUUAUACAACCACGGUGACCCAUUUUCAACAUAGAAAAAUAGCAAAAUAAUAUUCUUUUUAAUUAUUUUCCACAUAUUGGACGAGAAUACGGAGAAAUGAAGCUGAAUCAUAGACCAGGAAACCGGAUCAUACAGGCCGGUUCAACCGGUUCAACCGGUCAAACCGAAAAAACCGGCCGGCACGGUAAAAUCAGCACAAUCAGCCCACCGUGCUGCUUUUGGUCCAAUUUCCGGUUGAACCGGCCGGUACGAUCCGGUUUCCUGGUCUAUGACAAAAAGUGUUAUUCCUAGGGAUGGCAACAAAACCCGAACCCAUGGGUACCCACCCGACCCAAUCCGGUCAACGCGGGUAAAAUUCGUGUUGACGGGUUUUGGGCCGGGCUUGGGUUUAAACCCGUUCACUAUUCACCGGGUUGGGUUGGAUUUGGGUUUAGGUAAACCCGACCCAUGGGUACCCGCCCACACCCAUAUAAUAAUUUUCUUGGUAUAUUUACUAUUCUAAACAACUAAUCUUAUUUAUGUUUGUGGAGACAUGUCUAAUUUUUUCUUUCUAAUUGUGUAGAAUGAAGUUGAUGUUAUCGAGUGGAGAGCGAAGAAACUUAAUUGAAAGGAAGAAGCUUUCAAUUAAUCAUGUUAUUUAUGGAUAAUUUGUGAUUUGCUUCAAUUUUCUUGAGUUUUCUAGAUUGGUGUUGAACAAUUUGUAUAGUUAAUUUGUGAUUUGCUUGUAUUUUCUAGAAUGGUGUUUUAUAUAUGGAGAAUUUGUAUUGAGAGAUUGAUAUUUGACUUUAAUUUUGAUAGGAACUUGUUGUAGUAAAUUUUUUACGAUAAAAACCCGUGGGUACCCAUGAACCCGUGGAUACCCAGCGGGUUGGGUUGGGUUUGAGUUUUUCAAACCCAAUGGAUUUUACCCCGGGUUUUUUUCACAGAUAAACCCAUGAGUUUGGAUUUGGCAAAACCCGACCCAUUGCCAUCCCUAGUUAUUCCCUGUCUGCUAAUGGAUUGAAUUGAACCCACUUGCCAGGCAACCCAGUCCAGCAGCCAGCCAAAGUAUUUGAAUACAUUUGACGCACGUGGUAAGACAUAUAUGCAAAUAAAUAACCAUCCAAGAAGCAUAGACCACAACGACGUUUUUUUUUUCUUUCUUUCUGUAUAAUCUACAAGUCUACAACCAAUAGCCUAGAAUGUCUGCACCUCAUAUUAAACUGACAACAAAGUCUACUUACGUAAAUGACUAUACGCUUAAACAAAUGGGUUACUCGGAUUCAAACAAAAAAAGACUUCUCGGUUAUAAAAUACUCUGUCACUCUGAUAUCAUGUGAAGAGAUAUUGUUCCUGAUAAAACAGCGAGGAAAACCUUGAGUUUAUUUCCAACUGUUUGUACCUACUAGCUCGAGGCAUGGACAAUAAUGAUUGUUGGUGUGGGGUUGACUCAUGAUCUGUUUGUCUGGUCCCGUCGGGAGGGAAGAAACCUGUGAAAAGUGCUGGGGUUGCCCCCCGGAUUAAGCUCCGACGAUCAGGUUAGUGUAUGUUUGUGGAGAGAGUUGAGAGAAUAGGUAGAGAGAUAAAGUGUAGAGAGAUAGUAGAAAGUGGGAAGUGAGGAGAGAGGAGAAGUCCCUUUCAAUGGGGAGUUUCAUGCCUUUAAAUACUUCGUAGUGGCGUUCGUCCGGAGCACGUUACCGAUUGAGCGCGUCCUUAUUUAGUCCGCGCGUGGAGUAUUUAGUCACACCCCCAACACCAACUAAUUUCGUUUAAUUGUAUAUUCGUCUUUGAAUUCGAUUGUUGUAGUUUGUGAUUGGUACCUAUUAAUGAUUAGUGAAAUGCGAGUAUCUUUUGGCAAAGAAACAAGAAGAUAAAUCGUUUAUAAGGAUAAACUCUAUAAGUCAAUAACACGUGUAUUGAUACAUGCAUCACUAACACAUGUUUUUUAGAAUGUAAAUAAUUAAGAUAUUAACCUAGUUUUAGCACUACAAAGCCCUGUUUGAAUUACGUAUUUAAUCAACGGGAAUAUUAACG